GGAAGAAAAGCUUUAAAAAAUAUGUCUAUCGACGGCCAAAAUUUCUAAAAACUCUGCUCGUCCUUUCCUCCUUUGGACUCGAAAAUGUCAGAGAGUUGGAAUAAGCGCGACGUGGGUCCCGGUUCUUCGAGGUUUUUUCAAAAGCCACCCAGCUUUGGCUCCGGGUUCGAAUUUGACCUCAGUUUUCCUCUCGAGAAACCCGCGAUUAAGAUCAUUGAUGAAACGAAGCAAGGACAUGUUGUUGAUUCCGAAAACUUGGCGAAGAGUGACCCUUCAAAGUUGGCAGUUCAAUUCGAGACAGAAAUUCAGGAAAUUCAUGUGGAGGAACCCGGAAGUACAACUGAACUCCUUCAGCAGAAAGUACCCGCGGAAUUUGUCAAUACGUUUUCACAACACAAACAGCACAAGAUACUCAAUUACAAAGACUUCAUGCCUCUACCAAGGAAUCAACAUCCUCCUGAAACACUCAUCAGACGAGAACGGUUUCCAGACCUGGUCAUUCGGGCGAACAAGUGGUUGAUGGAAAACAAAGAAUAUUCCGCCGCCUUCUGCCAAACUAUUUCACAUUUUGAGCUGCCGAAACACAAGAAACACAAGCACAAAUCGGACUCAACCAUUGUGAAGAUUGGCAACAGUUUCGGUCACACCCAUGGACUGCGAAUUUGGCUCAAGAAGAAUGAGUCUGGGUUCCCGCAACGACUCCAAUAUUUCGACACUGUUCCGAGGGCUUAUGAAAGCUUCGCAAGUCACAGCAAGCAGAGAGGAGUACAAACCUACGAGAGCAUCGAUCGGGUCGUUGAAAGAAUCAAUGACGUGCUGCGAAUCACGUCUUUGCCCGGAAGAAUCAUCACUGCAGAAACAGUGACCACUCCUCAUCCCGAUGACCCAGAACUGUGCCAUUUUUGGGAGCGCAAAGACAUACAAGACACGCAAUAUGUGCAUUUUCUCAGGUUCGUGGGAUCAUUAGCGCACAUCAUGGGGGUAGAACGCGAUGCGUUGUAUCUGGCAAACGAGGUUCAACCUCGCCUGCCAGAAGCAAUGCUUAUCAAUAAUAGGCGUAAUAUAGAACUUUUUGACGAACAAAUUCAGGCCUGGAAUACGAUGGUGGAUGCUCUUGUCCCUAACUUAGCUGCUAGAGACGAGAGCACUCUAGCAAUCGAAAUGGCCCAGUUAACUUUGUUUGCAACCCAUCUGAAAGAUGAGGUUACCCAACAGCAACGCGAAUUAGAUGAGAUGGUGGGUAUCAAGAACAAACUGUUAACAAAAGAAUUAACUCUUGACCAGCUAGAUCGACCUAGCUCAGACAAAGUGGUGUUCUUUAAUAUGAAAACGGGCAGCCAAGAUGCUCCCAAGGGCAAUAAGCAAAUUACAAAUAGUAUUGUCAACCAAUUGCCAAAUUUCUCUGGCGCUGCCAAUGAGAAUUGGGCUGAUUGGUGGCAAGACAUUUGUGUGGCUCUUGUUGGCUGUGACAUCACAGAUGACAAUAUGAGAACCAUAAUUUUGCAAAAGGUUGUUGGAAAAGCCCAGGAGUUUCUUUGCUGCGUUGAUGGAUUAACGGAUGAACAUUACCAAGUUUUGGUUAAAGAAUUAGAGUUAGCAUACGGAGGUAAUUUUAUGGGAGAAGGCGCGCUAAAACUCCAGACGAUUUACCAAGGUGAGUUAGAAUCAGUUUUGGAUUUCUCCGUUAGGAUCAGACGAGUGGGCCAGCAAAUGCUUGGUGAGGCCCCCAGUAAAAUUAAAGUGUUGAGAGUGGAAGGCCAAGAGCCAAAACUCUGUACAAACCCGUUCCUUAAAAUCGAGUUGAUUCGAUAUGACGCCCAAAAGCAGAGUAUUGAUCAACUUAUGGUCUCUCAAUUCCUGCAAGGAAUGCUACCAAGUCUUUAUGAUAGACUUGGUGCUAUUCCUAUCACUAUGGCUCAAGCCCUCAAAUACGCGACUAACAUUGAAAAGUUGAAAGCGCGCCAAAGAGCAAAUGAAAAUUUCCAAGUGAUGUCCACAAUUGCUUGCAAACAGCAGCAACAUCCAGGCAACAACAAUGCCAAUCCAACUAGGACAUGUUGGAACUGCGGAAAACCGGGUCAUUUUAGCAGCAAGUGCUAUUCAAAGGGUCAGCCAAGUGGCGCCACUGCUAAUACUUUGCAAGGAGCAAAAGUCCAGACUCCAGAGCAUCUAGCCCUGGAUCCCAUUGAGGCAAAGGAAACAAAAAUCAGAAAAGGCAACAACAGCAACCGAGACAAGAACAAAGAUCCUCAUUGCACAGAUCCUCAAGACCAAGUCGAGGAGUACAUUUUCUCCAGCAGCUAG